AUGAACUCUACUCAGCAGAUCGUUAGUAAUUCAAUGGCUUAAAAUAUAUAAAAUCAAGUUGCCAGUGAAAGAAAUCCACUUUUAAGCUUCACUGAAGAAAUAGAUUAGCUACAAUAAUCAAUUGCACCUCUUGUCCAUGAAUGUAUUACUGAGAGAAAACUCAAGGAGUGUAUACAGUUUAAAUUUGAUCAGUUAUAUCAAGAAUAUAACGAGAUAACAAAACGUCUUUUAGACAAUCUCAUAGCAAAGGACACACUCAUCUAAUCUUAAUCAUUAAGGAUAGACAACUAGGAUUUCUAGAUACUUAAGCUUCAGGAUUAAGUCUAGGUAAAGGAAAGUCUGAUCGAAAAUCUGCGCACUUAGCUAAAUACGACUGAAGAAACUUUGAGGUAGGCUGAAGAGACCAUAGAAUAGUAUAAAGUCAAGUACUAUGACAUCGACAUCAGCAUUCUUUAGGAGCAUAAUGAAAAAAAUAAAGAAUUAUAAUAGUACUAUUUCACACUCUUGUAGGAUGAGAAGUAGAAGAGCUCUACUUUGUAGCAAUAGAUUUUGGAGAUAUUUGAAUUUUUGAAGGAAUAUGAGACUUCACUAGAGGUGAUAGUGGCAUUCAAAGAACAAUAGGUAAAGGAAAAUAGACAAGUGAGUAUGUAAGACGUGGUUGACAGAAGAAGAGUGUAGAUGAUUGAAUGGGCAAUGGGACUAAACUAGCCUAAUUAAUUUGGUAUUCAGGAUGGCAUUAAGGAUGAUACUGGAGAUGAAGAAGAGGGAUCUAAUAGCGAAUCUGAUGAGGAUGAUUUAACAUAUGAAGAAAAGAUUGGAAGAAGGAGAGAUUAUGAGAGAAAAAUAAGAAAAUUAAACUAGAAGACUAAGCUUGAUUAGUUAUCUCGCAAGUUUUGA